CGGUUCCGCGACUAGUUCACUGAGCGCAUAUGUAACAUAAUUUCCAGCUCGCUGACUUGUUUUGUUUUAGAUUGACUUAAAAUAUGGCAGCAAGUGCUAAAUUAAUGGUAACCAGUCUGCUGCAGCACAGACUGACACAGCUCACGCGAUCAUUGCACACACAACCCGCACUCUUGUCCAACUUUCGCUCGUCCCGGGAAGUGCAACCGUUGGAUCAAUAUCCCGAAGUUGAGGUUGUACACAAUCCGCCCGAAUGGAAGUUCGUGGAACGCCUGCUGCCGCCAACAACAGUGCCACAGCCGGUCGCCAAGGCGGCAUAUCCAUCCGGGUGGAAGCCACAGGCAAGCGAUGGCACAACUGAUGGCUACUUUGUGGCACGCACCAAAAAUCACAUGGUGCCCGUCUAUCUGCACACCCGCUUCCGCGGUCAGCGUCGCCUAACCGUCGUCCGACGCGUCCAGGGUGACAUCUGGGCACUGGAACGUGAUCUCCGUGCCGUCGUGGAGCGUGCGCGCAAUGGAAAACUGUGUGCCACACGUGUCAACGAGCUAAGUGGUCAGAUUCACAUCCAUGGCGACUACGUGGACGUGCUGCGGGAGCAUCUCAAGGCUAAGGGCUUUUAGCUGCUUCCAUUUCAUGUUAUAAUUGCCUAGAAAUGUGCUGCAAUAAACAAUUAAAUGUUAAACUA